GAGGGGGAGCCGGCCGACACCCGCGAGGCCGUGAGAAAGUGGGCGAGCGGGCGACGACGCGCGGCCUGGCUGCGGGAGCCGGCGGCCAGGAGAAAGGAGGCGGCUCCCGGCAUCCCGCCCCCUCCCCCUCCUCAGCGGACUUCCCGCGGCCCGCGCUUGCUCCCAGGCGGCGGCCGGCCGGCCGGGCAGGCGAGGGAGGAGCCGGCGGCCAGAUAAAAUUUUGCUUUGAAAUAAUCCAGAAAAGGAAGAGCAAGCAGAUCCGAGAUGUGUAGCUCUGUGGCUGCCAAGCUGUGGUUUUUGACAGAUCGACGAAUCAGAGAAGACUAUCCACAAAAGGAAAUCUUACGAGCUCUGAAGGCCAAAUGUUGUGAGGAGGAGCUGGAUUUCAGGGCCGUGGUGAUGGACGAGGUGGUGUUGACAGUUGAGCAAGGCAAUCUGGGUCUGCGGAUCAAUGGAGAGCUAAUCUCUGCCUACCCCCAGGUGGUGGUAGUGAGAGUUCCAACCCCAUGGGUGCAGAGUGACAGUGAUGUCACUGUUCUGCGACACCUAGAGAAGAUGGGGUGCCGAUUGAUGAACCGACCUCAAGCUAUCUUGAAUUGUGUUAAUAAAUUCUGGACAUUUCAAGAGUUAGCUGGCCAUGGUGUACCUCUGCCAGAUACUUUUUCUUAUGGUGGCCAUGAAAACUUUGCUAAAAUGAUUGAUGAAGCAGAAGUGCUGGAGUUCCCAAUGGUAGUAAAGAAUACACGGGGUCACAGAGGCAAAGCUGUUUUCUUGGCCCGAGAUAAACACCAUUUAGCUGAUCUAAGCCAUCUUAUUCGACAUGAAGCUCCAUAUCUUUUUCAGAAAUACAUAAAAGAGUCUCACGGAAGGGAUGUACGAGUCAUUGUUGUGGGAGGUCGUGUUGUUGGCACCAUGUUACGUUGUUCCACAGAUGGAAGAAUGCAGAGCAAUUGUUCACUAGGUGGCGUGGGGAUGAUGUGCUCACUGAGUGAACAAGGGAAGCAGCUAGCUAUCCAGGUGUCUAAUAUCCUAGGGAUGGAUAUCUGUGGCAUCGACCUGUUGAUGAAAGAUGAUGGCUCCUUUUGUGUCUGCGAGGCCAAUGCAAAUGUAGGUUUCAUCGCCUUUGAUAAGGCUUGUAAUCUAGAUGUAGCUGGUAUCAUAGCAGACUAUGCUGCCUCCCUUCUGCCCGCUGGCCGGCUCACCCGGCGCAUGUCCCUGCUUUCUGUGGUGUCCACGGCCAGUGAGACUAGUGAGCCGGAGCUCGGUCCCCCUGCCAGCACUGCUGUCGACAACAUGAGCGCAAGUUCCAGCUCUGUCGAUAGCGACCCUGAAAGCACCACCGAGCGAGAGCUGCUCACCAAGCUCCCAGGGGGCCUGUUCAACAUGAACCAGCUGCUAGCCAAUGAAAUCAAACUCCUGGUGGAGUGAGUCCACCGGUAAAUAAUUAACCAACAACACCCCUGUAAAACUGUCUCCCCUCACCCCAUCCCCGUUUCUCUUUAACCAACUUGCAAUGCUGUUCAUGGAGAAUGCUCAGGAGGUUGAGAGAAAAGUAUAGUAAGAUUGGUUAGAAGGGAAAAUAGAUGAGAGCUCUGAUAGUAACCCUUGCCUGACUCAUUUACAGAUUCUUGGAGAGCAAGAAUAGGUGGUGUGCAGAGAAAUGGCAGGCUCUCUUGCUAACCUGCUCAGUUACUAAAAUCCUGCUCUUAGGCCAUGAGGAACAUGAAAGUUUCUUUUUCCAUGGUCUCCAGCUUUUCUUUUUAUGUAGAAUGGUUAGUAGCAUGACUUCACAAAGGUUCAAGAGGAAACAUCUGCUUAAAAUACAGAAAUGUUUUAAUAUCAA